UCCACCGUUUAACAGUCCCACUUGACUUUUGGAAUUUCGGCGAAUACCGACGCUACUACGGUUUAAUCAAUUUCAAUUUUUUAAACCCCAAAAUCUAACUACCACUACUCACUUUUCCGCUUAACCCAAACGCGCUUAUUUUCAACAUCCACAAAAUGGUUUCGUACAUUAACAUCUUGUUCUACGGUGUCGGAGGGUUAGUCGUCGCCGGCAUGGCAUUGCUCGUGGCGUUUCAGGAGAAGCUUGUUUACGUUCCGGUGUUGCCGGGACUCACCAAAUCCUACUCUAUCAAUCCCUCUCGUCUGAGACUCACUUACGAAGAUGUAUGGCUCUCUUCUUCCGAUGGUGUUCGUCUUCACGCUUGGUUCAUCAAGCUUUUCCCUGACACCAGAGGACCGACCAUUUUGUUUUUUCAAGAAAAUGCUGGAAAUAUUGCUCAUCGCCUUGAAAUGGUUCGCAUUAUGUUGGACAAGUUACAAUGCAAUGUUUUCAUGCUUUCUUACCGGGGUUAUGGAGCAAGUGAAGGCUAUCCUUCUCAGCCGGGAAUUAUUAAGGAUGCUCAGGCUGCAUUGGAUCAUCUUUCUCAAAGGUCUGAUAUCGAUACAUCUAGAAUAGUUGUAUUUGGACGAUCACUUGGGGGUGCAGUUGGAGCUGUACUAACAAGAAAUAAUCCUGACAAGGUUGCUGGACUGAUACUUGAAAACACUUUUACGUCUAUAUUGGAUAUGGCCGGAGUUUUGUUACCUUUUUUGAAGUGGGUUAUUGGAGGUAGCGGUUCAAAAGGUCUGAAGCUACUCAAUUUUAUUGUACGUUCUCCAUGGAGUACUAUUGAUGUUGUUGGCGAGAUCAAGCAGCCUAUCCUUUUUCUUUCUGGAUUGCAAGAUGAGAUGGUCCCCUCAUCACAUAUGCAAAUGCUAUAUGCUAAGGCAGCUACUCGUAAUAACCAGUGUCUUUUUGUGGAGUUUCCCACCGGCAUGCAUAUGGAUACUUGGCUGACUGGUGGCGAUCGUUACUGGAGUACAGUUCAACAGUUUCUUGAACAACAUGCUCCAGAGAAAAAUGAAGACAGAUCAUCCCCUAAUGGAAACGAUGCUGGGGCUAGGUGAUUGGCUGACAUUAGAUUAUUGCAAUGAUACUAAUUGGCUAACUAAGGAUUCAAACAGUUUCUGCCCUUUGAAGUUGCAGCCCGUAAGAGCCUUCUGUGAAAAGAUGUUUCCUGCUGGGACAUGCCGCGUCACUUCAGGCUAUUUUAUUGGACAAUUUUGGUUAGAUUGUGGUUUUCAGAACUUGGAAGAUUCUCAAACAAUUUGCAGUUCCUUUUGCUAUACUGUACAUCAUUCACAUUUUGGAUGCCUAAUCAAAUUCGACAAGUGUCGUGUAGAAUAAUAAUUUAUUAAAGCCAUAUAUACACCUGUAUGUACUGUUAUUUAUGCUGCUAUUAAAGAACGGGUUCUUUUCUUUCUUA